CGUGGGAAGAGAUGGAGGCGCAGGGAGCAUAUUGUUUUCAAGAGGAAGUUUAUUUAGCUAGCUAGUUAGCUAUGCAUGUAUAUAAGUUAUGUUGAGUUAAACUAAAAAUAUUGGAGGCAGAAAGGCUAGCUGUGUAAUUCUCCAACAAAUUUAACUAGCUUCUUGACUGGCUAGCUAAUGUCUAUGUUGCACAAAUAAGAUGUAUAAGUUAGCUAACACCUAGGUGUUUACCUAGCUAGCUUUGUAGUUCGGUAUCUCCCGCUACGCCCCUCUGUUCAAUAGCUUGCUAACUAACGUUAGAUGAGUAGCCUAGCUGUUUAGCUAGCUAAUUAUUUUGUAUAGACAAGAUGAUGCUUGAUGUCCCCUAACGUUGCAUAAAACAAACAUUCUUAUCGCUAUAGAUCGCAGUCUGACACACGUUAGUUGGCUAUAUUCCAGACUAUAAAUAUACUAGCUACCCAAAACGUUCCAAAAGCUAGCUACCUAAGAUGCUUCGCUUUGACAAGCUUACUAGUUACACAUUAAUUAAUUUCGUUUGUGUGUUGGUAACAUUUAGACUAAGCUGCUAGCUAACAUUGGCCUAUAUUCGCUCUAUUUUACAGCUGCGGGCAUUGCUACUCAAUCAUAACUGGAGAAUGCUUAUUUGCUAUCUUAAACCCCUAUUGAGUGAUGAUCUCAUCAUGAAUUCGCCCGCUAUCUGUCGUUAUCGCCAAAUGUAGUUAAAAUAGUGUGUUGUUAUGGAUAGCUAGGAAAUGUUCUGAGUGACUUAACCAUUGUUUCCUUACGUUGUUGUGAAAUAUAUCUCCAUAUGUUACUGACUAAAAAUGACUACAACUGUUUCUUCCAGUAAUUACAUUACAUUACAUUACUACUUCAUGCGCUGAUUCACACAAGUUAAUGGUUGGUUAACUAGCUGUUGGAUAUUUGAGCUAAAACACAUAAGUGUGUAGCAGGCUAAUGUGUUAAAGAGUGGCAGUUUGAAAAUUAAUAUAAGUUAAAACGUUUGCUAAUGAGCUGCAGACGUAUUCCAAAGAGAGUCAAAUGUUAAAUACGAUAAAAGUGAAAAGAAUGAUGGAAGAUUCCCAUUUUAACUCAUCAUACUUUUGGUCUCCCGUUCCAACAGUGCAAGGACAGGUAUGGACAUCACCACUGAUUGAGAACGCCAUGUUCCUGAACAAGAUGAAGGAGCAACUGGGCCCUGACAAGAACCCCUCCUUCCCUCACUCCUCCUCCCACUACCCCACGGCAGUGCUCACCGUGCCAGGCCCCGUCACCAUGGACGCUGGGGCGGCAGGGUCACGGGCGCCCAAGCAGGAAGGAGGAGGAGGAGGCUCACUGGCGGGCGGAGGGCACCUGCACCCACCGCACACUUCCCAGAACAUCACCGUAGUGCCUGUCCCGUCCACAGGCAUUAUGACCGCAGCGGGACUGGUGAUAACCACCCCCCAGGGCACACUGGUCUCUCCUCCCUCUUCGUCACAGUCUUUUGUUUCCGGGCCUCCCACAACCACCAUGAUAGUGUCUGCACUGCACCCGUCGAACGCAGAGACAGGCCGUCCCUCCUCUCUCUACCUCUACAGCCACAACAAGAAAGAAGAUGCCAGUGUUUCCCCGGCCGUUGUCAUGCCCACACCCUCAAAGAGGGGCAGAAAGAAGAAGUCAGAGCUAGCUCGGGCCGGUCCCAUCGCUGGUCACACCCUCCCUGCAGGAAGUGAUGCAUUGAUCCUGGCACACCUGGCAGCGGGAGGACAGCACCACCCAGCAGACCCUUACGACCUCUCUAACGAUGAAGACCAUGGCAAUAAAGACGGAAGCAAAUCAUACCGGUGCAGGAUGUGUGCGGUGACCUUCUUCAGCAAGUCAGACAUGCAGAUCCACGCCAAGUCACACACAGAGGCCAAACCGCAUAAGUGCCCCCACUGCUCCAAAUCCUUCGCCAACUCCAGCUACCUGGCCCAGCACAUCCGCAUCCACAGCGGGGCCAAGCCCUACACCUGCUCCUACUGCCAGAAAACCUUCAGGCAGCUCAGCCACUUACAGCAGCACACACGAAACCACACAGAGUCCAAACCGCACAAGUGCCCCCACUGCUCCAAAUCCUUCGCCAACUCCAGCUACCUGGCCCAGCACAUCCGCAUCCACAGCGGGGCCAAGCCCUACACCUGCUCCUACUGCCAGAAAACCUUCAGGCAGCUCAGCCACUUACAGCAGCACGGCAGGAUUCAUACUGGGGAGAGGCCUUAUAAGUGUGUGCACCCUGGCUGUGAGAAGGCAUUCACACAGCUCUCCAACCUUCAGUCUCAUCGUCGGCAACACAAUAAGGACAAGCCGUUCAAGUGCUACAACUGCCACCGGGCCUACACGGACUCGGCCAGCCUGGAGGUGCACCUGUCCACACACACGGUGAAGCACGCCAAGCUGUACUCCUGCGGUCUGUGCAACCGCUCCUACACCUCGGAGACGUACCUGAUGAAGCACAUGCGGAAGCACAGCCCUGACGCGCUGACGGUGGCUGCAGCCGUGGCGGCCCAGCAGGCACAGCAGGCGCGAGGGGGGCGGGGAGGGGGGCAGGGAGGGGGGCAGGGCCGGGCAGAGCGUCCGGAGGCCGGGGCGGGGGGCGGCAGGCAGGGCCAGACCCAGGGCAGCGCCAGCACCCCCGGCGCCUACCCCCAGUCCGACAGCGUGCCCUGCCCCUUCGACCUGCACCAGUACAAGACGGUGUCCGCCGGGGAGAUCCAGUACAAACCCGUCAGCGUGGCUGACCUGGCCGCCCACAAGGACCUCUGUCUCACCGUCUCCACCUCUGCCAUUCAAGUGGAGCACCUGAACUCAUAGAGCUGCACGUGGCUGGGCCAGGGCUGCACGUGGCUGGGCCAGAGACUUGUGUAAACAAAGGGAAGGCUGUAUAUGUGGGGGGGGGGGGGGUGUUGACAAUAUUUUCUCAAGCAGGCUUAAAAAAGGCUGAUGAUGGGAAUCUAUGACAUCUGCGGAAUUGUUGGGAAGAUGGAUUUUUAAUCCUAUGGAUUUGAAUCCCUUUAUUCACCGAAUGCAGGAGGAGGAACUGGUCUGGAGCGUACGGAGAGAGGACUUGAGACCCUGACGGGGGAGAGAAGGAGAGCAGAACCUGGACUUUGUGUUAUUCUUCUUUCUCUCUCUCACCUUUUCAUUAUUUGCCUCAAAUAUUUCAUUUGUAUUUUUCUACUGUCUGUCAGACGUGUGAGAGAGGAAUUGGGAAGAGAAUGGGUGAGGAUAAGAAAGCUCUUCUACGUUUUAUUGUAAUCUGUCAUUUUAUAUUUUUACCUCUUUUCUGAAGAGCUAUAUUGAUGAUGGUGCUCAAACAGGUGGAGGCUGAUGGUGAUUAUGAUAACAACACUGACAAUUUUUGGUUAUCAGGUACUAUCCAUGAAUUUCCUUUGAGCUCUUACUUAUACUGACAGAAUUAUUACAGCUGUCAUACUGUAGUUGCAUAUUCAUCAUUAUCUUCAUCUGGUGGAGGUAACUAGUCUUUAUUGUAAAAUAUGUGUAUAUAUCUAAGAAAAAACCUUCAAAAAAUGGGAGGAUUUUGCUUCUAAAAAAAAAACAAAAACAUAUCUAAAAUAACUGAAUCAUUGACAUGUAUCUCGAGGUCUGCCAGCUACAACCCCAGUAAGCCCUUUUGAACUUUGUGAGGUUGUAAUUGGCUGAUUCUUGUUAGGUAUAAUUCUUGUAGUAUUUCAUUAAGUGUCUUUCCAUAUAACAUGGUUCUCAGUAUUCUUAUUACUGUUAUUAAUAUUAUUGCUCUUAUUACUGUUAUUACUUAUAAACCGCAGUACUCUCAUGGAUUCUCCAUGCUGUAUAGACUGACACGCCUAAAGCAGCUGUUUCUCCUGGCAGGACAAUAAAAAGUCAUGCAGAAACAGA